AUGCGCUUCACGCACUCGAGAAAGCGGAAACGCUUGGCAGCUUCGGCAGCAGCAUUGGCUUUGGCCACGGCGACGGCGACCCCAGCCCUGCAGCGUAAUUCGCGACAGAUUGAAGACUUUACGCAGCAGCUGAUGGAUGCCAUGACGCAUGCGAGCGGGACCACGGUGGGUGUGCUGCAGCCCUCCACGAGCUCUUCCGAGGGGCGAGAGGAUGAGGAGAGGAACACACCCGGACGCGACAAGUUUCCGGUGGCUGCAACAGUUGUCAAAGACGACGCGGCAAUCAACGCCACGGCGACGCCUCCGCAGAGGCGGUUGCAGAGCAGGACAAUGUCGAGACACUCUGCAGAAUGCAGCCCGUGUAGUCGGGUUACACGAUCGACUUCAACAACGCGUGGAGGCCUGCAGGGUCACGGCAGCCCGUUGAGGGCCUCUAGUGUUCAGGCUGCGUGCACUCCUCACAGUGGGGAUCACAUUUGGCCGGGUGAUGUUUCGCGGACGGAGGCAGAGGUGUUGCAGCAGCACGGCCAGUUGUCACAAUUCAACAGCCUCUACGCGGUGCAGGAAGGAAGUGGCGCUUGCAGCAGCUGCAGCAGUAGUAGUAGCGGCCGCGACAGUGCAGUGGUUGACCGCAUAACUGAAGGGGGCAAAGCUGAAGCGGGAGAGGCGGAAGAAGAACGACGUGUGCGGCGUCGACGAAGGGAGUUAUCAGAGAUUUCACCAGUGAGUCUCGCGUUGUACACGCGCUUAGCGGAGUGUGGUGUCGACGCUAUGGACCGUCCGUUUGCUACCUGCGUUGUUAGACGAGCCCGGGGGCUUUUGGAGGCGUGGGCCACAGGCUUCUUGUAG